AUAUUUCCGGGUUGUCCACCGAGAACGUGGAGUUUUGUUCUGUCCGUUUUGGAAAAAAUUAGCGCCUUUUUAUGCGAUAUUAUCCACAACAGACACAUAAUCUAACAGAAUACGUCGUGUUUCAAGAUACCUGAAUAAGGGGCUUCAGCGGAAGUCAAAUUCAUAUUACGUAGUGUAAUAUGAAUUGUAACAGCGACAUGGCAAAAAACAGCACCCCUAAAAUGUUAACAGUGGAGUCAUCUGACCUAGUCCUACAACACUCUUCUACAGGUGACAGAUAUUUUGGAGAACCAAUUGAAACAGACAGUGACUCGGGAGACAGCCUUUUUAUAACUCAGCAUCCAGUACCUGAGGCAAAAAGGCCAAGGAAUACGCAUCGACGCAGUCGCAUAUCUUCUGUGGUCUCAGCAGAAGUCGACUCUUCACCAUCAGACUCAGAUGCGAACUGCGGCGUGACUGAACCACGUAACAUAAGGAAACAUUCACUGCCAAAAUAUGUUUUUCCCUUCCUUUUAGAAAGAAGAAAGAGAACUGAGUUGAUUUACAGGCACAACAAAUCGCUUCACGCUUUCACAAUUGGUGGCUUCUUUAAAUGUGUCAAAGAGUUGUGGGAGAGCGGGCAGAAAGGCCCACCAUCUAUUUACCCAACAUUGGAUAUGGAUGGGGAGGACAUAUCACCGUUAUCAGAAAAUGAAGAUGAAAUGUCAGCAAGUGCAGAGAUCAAAGUAGUGGAGAAAAAACGCCUAGUUUCAACGCUAAAAGCCAUUCCCAUCGCACAGAAAAAAAAGAAAAGGGCAAUGGGAGAGACAGAGAAAUCCAAUCCUGACGGGCAAAAAGUUUGUGGUGAAAAGCAAGGGAAAUGUGGAAAACAUUUAUCGGAAAUGGAUACCCAAGAUGGUCCUCUUCAUCUGUUUCAAGCUGAGGGGGGAACAAGUGACACAAGAAUGUCAGCGACACAUACGAGAGGCAAUGCUGCAUCAGUGCAAGCUGAAGAAUUGAGCGACAGUGAUACCACAGUUUGUUAUCUACUAGAGCCGAAAAUAUAUCGGAGUAAAGAGAGGACGUGCAGAAAAGCAUCCCUCCGUAUAGAUGAGCAGCAAGCUCGUGUUUUCCACACAGAAGAUCAGUCGCAAGCAGAACAGUUAGAGAAUGAACCUGAAAGCCAAACUCUUCUCCAAUGUCUUCCAGAUGCUGCUGAUGUCACCAGGACCAAAGACUGUGUUUUAGAUGGUAGCAAAGCCAAGAAAAGAAAAAAGAAAAAAAAUACAAAGGACGACGAAGAUGUUGAUCAGGUCAGAACAGUUUCAGAACAUGGAGAUGUUGGACUAAAGAAAAAGAAACGGAGGAAAAUAGAAACGCCACUAGAUGUGGCUGUACCGCCAGGAGAGGAAGCGAAAGUCCGGGCUUGUACUUCUCAUGUAAUGGAAGGAGAAACGGAGUGUGGCUUAGACAAUACUAAAUCUUCUCAAAUAGGUUUAGAAGCUGUCAACAAGCCUGACAAGAAGCCCCAAAAGGAUCGAAACGAUAGUGAGGAUUUAAGUUGGUCUCAGGGUAUUCUCUCAAAAGAGUGUACUGCACAGUCAGUGGAAAAAAAGAAGAAGAAAGAUAAGAUGAGGGAAAGUAUCUCAGAAGGAGUAGAUAUAUUACCGGCCAAACUUAAAAAUGUUUGUCCACAUGGUGGAGACACUGAACUUGGGUUUGAGAAAAAGAAGAAAAAAAAGCAUGGAACUUCAUUGAACGGAAUUGUAUUAGAAAGCACUGUUGAACAAAGUGAUGAUUCUGUGUCUGCACUCCAAGAGAAAGGAACCUCUUCCUUCCUCACUGCUGACAUUGGGGGAAAAGAUUUUCAAACAUACGAAGAUCAAGUGUGUCUGAGUUCACCCCCAAAAGCUUUUACGAUCAGUCCUUCUGUAGAAACCAGUGUCAGCACUACUACGGGUGAAGCUGAGUCAGCAGAAAGUUCGAGUCGUUUGGAAGAAUCUACGGAUUGGUUGAAGAAAAAGAAGAAAAAGAAGAAGAGAAAGCUAUGAGUGUGUGCAAACAGAUCCUAAGGAAGAACAAAUGCUGUUUUUUUUUUAAAAUAUAUUUUAUGUUUAUUGUUUUGUAUCAAAACUGUUCUACUAACAUUUUUGUGAUGUGUUGACAUCAGUAAGUUCACUGUUUUCAAAUGAACCCCCUGCGAAUAUAUUUUCUCUUCAUUCUCA